GAAAAUUUAGCAAAACUCUGAUCCUAUUAUAAUUUACAAUGUCACGUAAAUCUGUUGUACAAUCCAGCCAAUCGUUGUAUGUGUUGGACGAUGCAUUCUACCCCGAUGCAUGGCGCGAUGAUCUACGGAUGGGAGUCUACCUGGCCGAAUUUCGCGUCCGUUCCGUCAACCCGGAGAACUAUGAUUCCAAAAUGAAAUUUUGGAAGGAAAUGAUUCACAACUAUUGCUUGCACAAAGGUUCCGGUGCUGUUUCAAUCGUUGAACUGAAGCGAGUGUUUAGGCGAAAGGGAACCAGUCCCUACUGUUUAUCGACAGUUUUUGAGGAUAUGGUGAGGGAAGGGAAACUUGUCGCUGGCGACUGUUUUUGGAAAACCCCGAAGGAAAGCUGGAGCGGUUGGGCAGUCGAUGUGCUGAUGAAGCGGCCUCUACAAUGGGGAUUCAGUGCCAUGAAAGAGAAGCUGGUUGGAAGUGCACAGGAUGAGAGCUUGGAAUUUAUAUGCACUGGAGUUGUUGAGGAACAAUGCAAUUUGUUAGAUAAGCUUUUAAAAGAACAACAUAAACAUAAUGUAUUGAUUUCAAAAAAUGAUUUACACCAAUCAAUCAAUAGUUCCGGUAUAAGCUCGGAAGGUCUAGAUCUUAUUUUGCAACGCAUGGUUUGUCAGCAACGAGUGUUUGUCGAGCAGCAUCCAAAUGGAGAGAUUGAUAAAAAGAAAGUUAUUUUAAAAUUUGCAGUACCAGGAACAAAAGCUUUGCCAAUUACUGAUAUUGAGCGAUCCAUCUAUAAUUUGGAGCAAACUGAAAGAGAUUUACUAAGGAUGAUUGAUAAAAUAGAGCAGGAAAUUUCGGAUGCUCUGUCAGUCGUAAAGGACAAUAUUCGCGAGGGUAAGAAACAGUUGGCGAAAUCGAAUCUGAAGAAGAAGCAUUUGCUGGAAAAGAACAUGGAGAAAAAACUUAAUGUGUUGGAAAACGUUCAGACGAUGCUCUCUAGGAUUCACGAUUCGCAAAGUGAUCAAAACGUCAUCGAAGCCUACAAGCUUGGCUCAAAUGCUCUUAAGAAUGCUUUCGCCAGUUCCGGCAUUACUCUGGAUAGUGUAGAUGAUACUCUCGCCGAAAUGAAGGAGAUUAUGGAUCAACAGGACGAGAUGCAAGCCAUGAUUAGCACGGUUCCUAAUUCCGAUAUUGACGAGCUUGAACUGGAAAAGGAGCUUUCGGACCUGAUUGAUUUGAAGCUAGCUGAGAGCAACAUCAUACCUCCGCAUGGGCUUACCCAACCAUCUACUGUUCCAGCAGCACAAGCAACUUUGGCUCAGUUGAACGAUUUCGACAAAGAAAUCGAAAAACGUUUGGCUGCGUUACGAACGGAGUCUACGCCACCCUCCUCGAACCUCUCUGUUGAUGCCAACGUGUCGUCUAUUUAGGUAAAUACUUUAUAACGGCUAGUGCCUUAGUAUUCAGUUAUAC